AUGGAGCAAGUGCUUCCACUCCAGAGCAUUGCUGAGAAAGACAACAACUUGGUGCCCAUAGGAAAGCCAGCGUCCGAGCACUAUGAUGAGGAGGAGGAGGAGGACGAUGAAGAUGAUGAAGACAGCGAAGAGGACUCAGAAGAUGAUGAGGACAUGCAGGAUAUGGAUGAGAUGAAUGAUUAUAAUGAGUCUCCUGAUGAUGGGGAGAUCAAUGAGGUGGACAUGGAGGGGACAGAGCAGGAUCAGGACCAGUGGAUGAUCUGAUUCUGCCACAACCACACCAGACCAGAGGCUGGGGGAGAGCCUUUGCCCCCACGGCUCUGGGGGACAGUUCAGUCAAGCUCCUCCUGCCACGGCUGCUGUGUGGGGCAGGAGAUUCGGAGCAAAGCUCUCCAGGGGAGGGGACACUGCCACCUGGCAUAUUGGAACUCACACAUCUUUUCUAAUAAACUCAGUUUUCAAGAAAACAA